GGGUGGGCGUGGCUAUCGCCGAAUCGCCGCGGCCCGGAAUCCGACGCGCAGGGAGCUGUUUGACUUUCCUGUCCGUGUCGCCAGGUGAAAUCGCUCCAGACGCGGACUUCGACUCCAGCCUCGUACUCUGACCCCGUCGUUGUCACCUCGUCCCUCCCCCUCGGCCAGAAUUAAAGUCCUUGACUCCGAGAACUUUGCGAGAGAGGCGGCCCGAGGACUCUAGCGGCAGCAUAAGUGGUAGAUUUAACCCUUUUGCUUGUGAGUCAUGGCAGCUCCCAUGAAGGGCCAAGUGUGUGUGGUGACUGGUGCUUCCAGGGGUAUUGGCCGCGGCAUCGCUUUGCAGCUCUGCCAAGCAGGUGCCACAGUUUACAUCACUGGCCGCCAUCUGGACACGCUGAAGGCCACUGCUCAGGAAGCGCAAUCUCGAGGGGGCCGAUGUAUGCCUGUGGUAUGCGAUUCAAGUCAGGAGAGUGAAGUGCGAAGCCUGUUUGAACAGGUGGCUCGAGAACAGCAUGGGCGUCUGGAUGUGCUGGUCAACAACGCCUAUGCUGGAGUCCAGGUGAUCCUCAACAACACUAAGAAGGCAUUCUGGGAAAGCCCCGCCUCCAUCUGGGAUGAUAUCAACAAUGUUGGGCUCAGAGGCCACUACCUGUGCUCGGUGUAUGGCGCACGGCUGAUGGUACCAGCUGGCCGGGGGCUCAUCGUGGUCAUCUCCUCCAUUGGGGGGCUGCACUAUUUCAUCAACGUCCCCUAUGGUGUGGGCAAAGCUGCGUGCGACAGGCUGGCUGCUGACUGUGCCCACGAGCUGCGGCGCCAUGGAGUCAGCUACGUCUCUCUGUGGCCAGGGUUUGUACAGACAGAACUGAUGAAGGAGCAGGCGAUGAAGGGUGACAACACCACUGAUCCGCUGGUUGAGCAGAUUAGAUCUCAGUUCUCAUCUGCGGAGACUACAGAAAUGAGUGGCAAAUGUGUGGUGGCUCUGGCAACAGACCCCAAUAUCCUACACCUGAGUGGGAAGGUGCUGCCUUCCUGUGACCUCGCUCGGCGCUAUGGCCUUCAGGACAUCGAUGGCCGCCCCAUCCAAGACUAUUUGUCUUUGAGCUCCAUUCUCUCCCAUGUCUCCAGCCUGGGCUGGCUGGCCUCCUACUUGCCCAGCUUCCUCCGAGUGCCCAAGUGGGCUAUGACCCUCUAUACUAGCAAGUUCUAAGUCUCCUGGCACAUCUCAGCUCCUCUUCAGACUGCGUGGUUGGCCUAUCUCAGUGGAACGAGGGGCCUUUCCCGCCUACCUACCGCAUACCCUUGACGAGAAGGCCUCUGCUGUGUCCUGGCCGAGCCUUGGUGGCCUCUCUAGGUCCUUCUUGUUUUCCUUGCCCCUGCAUUUUCCUUUUUGCUUUAGGAUUCACAAAUGCUCUGGGGUAAUAAAGG